AUGGCUGGAACACGUGGACAGCGGGUGGGGUGGCGGCCCGCCCUUCGGGCGUCUCUCAACGACGCUGCUCUGCGCUUUGGUGGUUCAGGCUUCCUCCACAAGCAUCCCGUUUGCAGAGCGCCUCCCUCCCUCCCUCCCGUCCCCUCAGGAUGUCUCCUCACAGCCAACCGCAGUCCUCUGCCUGGGUCUGCUCUCCAAACCCCACAUUUGAGGACCCAGGCCUUGUGUGCAAUGGUGGACACCCUCUCAGGCUUGGGGGAGCAGGGCUGGGGUCGGUACCCUCUGCGGAGGUCUCACUCCGUCCUGCCUGCCUCUGACUGGUGCUGCCUUCUCUUCCCAUCAGAGAAUGAGGCUCCCUUCCGUCCCGAUGUGAGUUUGGGAUGUAACAUCCCCAGAGAAGACGCAGAGCAGGAGGAAGAAGAGGAGGAAAUGGCAGCUUCUCAGGGGCUGCUGAUAUUCCAGGAUGUGACCAUAGAUUUCACGCAAGAGGAGUGGGAAUGCCUGGACCUCGGUCAGCGGGAACUGUACAGGGACGUGAUGCUAGAGAAUUACAGGAAUCUGGCCUGCUUGGGUCUUGUGGUCUCUAAGCCGGACCUGGUCACGUUUCUGGAGCAAAUGAAGGAUCCCUGGGAUGUAAGGAGAAUGGAGACUGCCAUAAACCCAGCUGUGUCUUCUCACGACACCCAGGGUUUGAGGUCACAAAAGCCAGGCUUAGAAGAUUUACUCCCAACAGCAAAGCUAGGAAUAUAUGAAAGCUUUCACCUUGCAAAUUUACAUUUAACCAAAGACUGGGAAUAUAUGAGGGCAUAUAAAGAGCCCAGAGCAUGUUAUGAUGGACACAACCAAGGACAUCAAUUUUCAGACAACAAUUCUAAACAUCAUAAGUGUAGGAAUAUGUUUUGUCAAAGCUCAAAUCUUACUAUUAAUACUUAUAAGAGUAUGGAUAUUGGAGAGAAGACUUAUAAUUGUUAUGAUUGUGGUAAAGUUGUUAACCAGUCUUCAAAACUUAUUCAACAGCAGAUAAUUCAGAGUAAGCAGAAACAUCACAAGUGUAAUACAUGUGGAAAAGUCUUUAGUAACUCACCAAAUCGAAGUAGAGAUAGGAAAGUUCAUACAGGAAGGAAAGAAUUCAAAUGUACAGCAUGUGGCCAAACCUUGAAUCAGAGUUCAUAUUUAACUGAACAUCUGGGAAUCCAUGCUGGGGAGAAACCAUACAAAUGUACAGAAUGUGACAACGUCUUUAUCUGCCGUUCAUGUGUUACACAACAUCAGCAAAUUCAUACUGGGGAGAGACCUUAUAAAUGUACAGCAUGUGGCAAGGCUUUUAAGCAAUGUUCAGCUUUAACUGAACAUCAGCGAAUCCCUACUGGGGAGAGACCUUAUAAAUGUGCAUCAUGUGGAAAGGCUUUUAAGCAAAGUUCAGCUUUAACUAAACAUCAGCGAAUCCAUACUAGGGAGAGACCUUAUAAAUGUACAGCAUGUGGCAAGGCUUUUAAGCAAAGUUCAGCUUUAACUGAACAUCACCGAAUCCAUACUGGGGAGAGACCUUAUAAAUGUACAGAAUGUGGCAAAGCCUUUCUCCGUUAUUCACUUCUUACUCGACAUCAACGAAUCCAUACUGGGGAAAGACCUUAUAAAUGUACAGCAUGUGGCAAAGCUUUUAUCCGUUAUUAUUUUCUUACUCGACAUCAGCAAAUACAUACUGGGGAGAGAACUUAUGAAUGUACAGCAUGUGGCAAGGCUUUUAAGCAGAGUUCAGAUUUAACUCAACAUCAGCAAAUCCAUACGGGAGAAAGACCUUAUAAAUGUACAGAAUGUGGCAAAGCCUUUCUCCGUUAUUCACUUCUUACUCGACAUCAACGAAUCCAUACUGGGGAAAGACCUUAUAAAUGUACAGCAUGUGGCAAAGCUUUUAUCCGUUAUUAUUUUCUUACUCGACAUCAGCGAAUACAUACUGGGGAGAGACCUUAUGAAUGUACAGCAUGUGGCAAGGCUUUUAAGCAGAGUUCAGAUUUAACUCAACAUCAGCGAAUCCAUACGGGAGAAAGACCUUAUAAAUGUACAGAAUGUGGCAAAGCCUUUAUCCGUUAUUAUUUUCUUACUCGACAUCUGCGAAUCCGUACUGGGGAGAGACCUUAUAAAUGUACAGCAUGUGGCAAGGCUUUUAAAGAGAUUUCAACUUUAACUCAACAUCAGCGAAUCCAUACUGGGGUGAGGCCUUAUAAAUGUACAGCAUGUGACAAGGCUUUUAAGCAAAGUUCAGCUUUAACUAGACAUCAGCGAAUCCAUACUAGGGAGAGAACUACUAAAUGUACAGCAUGUGGCAAAGCCUUUUCCCAGAGUUCAGGUCUUUCUCGAAAUCAGAGAGUUCAUGCUGCAGAGAAAUUUUAGAAAUGUAAGGAAUGUGGCAAAGGAUUUCCUCACAGCCAUCACCUCACUCACAAUCAGAGAAUUCAUACUGCAGAGAAACCCUACAAGUGUAAUACAUGUGAAAAAGUCUUUAGUAACUCACCAAAUCGAAGUAGACAUAGGAAAGUUCAUACAGGAGGGAAACAUUUCAAAUGUACAGCAUGUGGCAAAGCCUUUAAUCAGAGUUCAUAUUUAAGUGAAAAUCUGGGCAUCCAUGCUGGGGAGAAACCAUACAAAUGUACAGAAUGUGACAAAGUCUUUAUCUGCUCUUCAUGUGUUACUCAGCAUCAGCAAAUUCAUACUAGGGAGAGAUCUUAUAAAUGUGCAUCAUGUGGCAAUGCUUUUAAGCAAAGUUCAGCUUUAACUGAACAUGAGCAAAUCCAUACUGGGGAGAGACCUUAUAAAUGUACAGCAUGUGGCAAGGCUUUUAAGCAGAGUUCAACGUUAAUUCAGCAUCAGCGAAUCCAUACAGGGGAGAGACCUUAUAAAUGUACAGAAUGUGGCAAAGCCUUUAUCAAUUAUUCAUUUCUUACUCGACAUGAACGAAUCCAUACUGGGGAGAGACCUUAUAAGUGUACAGCAUGUGGCAAGGCUUUCAAUCAGAUUUCAACUUUAACUCGACAUCAGAGAAUCCAUACUGGGGAGAGACCUUAUAAAUGUUCAGCAUGUGGCAAGGCAUUUAAGCAGCGUUCAGAUUUAACUGAACAUCAGCGAAUCCAUACUGGGGAGAGACCUUAUAAAUGUACAGCAUGUGGUAAAGUCUUUAUUCGUUAUUAUUUUCUUACUCGACAUCAGCGAAUCCACACUGGGGAGAGACCUUAUGAAUGUACAGCAUGUGGCAAGACUUUUAAGCAGAGGUCAACUUUAACUCAACAUCAGCGAAUCCAUACCGGGGAAAGACCUUAUAAAUGUACAGAAUGUGGCAAAGCCUUUAUCCGUUAUUAUUUUCUUACUCAACAUCAGCGAAUCCAUACUGGGGAGAGACCGUAUAAAUGUACAGCAUGUGGCAUGGCUUUUAAGGAGAUUUCAACUUUAACUCAACAUCAGCGAAUCCAUACUGGGGAGAGACCUUAUAAAUGUACAGCAUGUGGCAAGGCUUUUAAGCAGAGUUCAACUUUAACUGAACAUCAGCGAAUCCAUACUGGGGAGAGACCUUAUAAAUGUACAGCAUGUGACAAGGCUUUUAAGCAAAGUUCAGGUUUAACUGAACAUCAGCGAAUCCACACCGGGGAAAGACCUUAUAAAUGUACAGAAUGUGGCAAAGCCUUUAUCAAUUUUUCACUUCUAACUCAACAUCAGCGAGUCCAUACUGGGGAGAGACCUUAUAAAUGUACAGCGUGUGGCAAGGCUUUUAAGCAGCAUUCAGCUUUAAAUAAACAUCAGCGAAUCCAUACUGCGGAGAGACCUUAUAAAUGUACAGCAUGUGGCAAAGCCUUUUCCCAGAGUUCAAGUCUUUCUCGACAUCAGAGAGUUCAUGCUGGAGAGAAAUGUUAGAAAUGUAAGGAAUGUGGCAAAGGAUUUCCUCACAGUCAUGACCUCACUCACAGUCAGAGAAUUCAUACUGCAGAGAAACCCUAUAAAUUAAAAAAAUGUAGAAAACUGCUUAAUCAAACAUCAAAAGUAACUCAAUACCAGAGAAUUCAUACUAGAAAGCAUGUCAUUCAUACCACUUUUGUUGAAUUACUCUCAGCAGAAACACUGGAGCGAGGGAGGGAGUCCCGGUCGCCCUUACCUCCCAGCGAUGGCGCCGUGGUGCCGCGCCCAGUCCCCCGCCUGCCGGCCGGUAGUCACCGCUAUCGGGAGCCCGCUCAGACGGUGAAGAUUGGAGCGGGUCAGACGGAGCGGCGGGACGCUGCCUGCGACGGGGACCAUGAGGAGCGGCGAGAGCCGUGGGGUCGAUAG